UACUUCCGGGUUUCAGCAGUCUGGUCCAGAUCCUCCGCGCUCCUCCUCGGGGCUCGAGACGCACACAACAUCCCCAUUGUGCGCAAAACGGCCGAGGCGGCUCACGCAUGCACACGCACCCUGCGCACACUCUCCACCGGACGCGUUCGCGCACCAGCGCGCGCAGCAGCAUCGAUCGUGGCUCCUUUAAGAGAGCCCAAGCCAGAAUUAUCACCCCACCUCCUCUUGAUCUUCCUCUAGACGCUUUUGCAUAAGAAAAUCAAGCCGGGAGCCGAGAGUGAUCAAAGAAAACGAGAGGAGAGCUGCUUCGUUUUUUGAACGGUGAUUGUGAACCAUUAAGCGUUGAGGUGCUGCCGAUCCCGUGGAGACGCGCGUCGGAUCCAUCAUUCAUCCGCUACUUUUGACAAGCCCCCCUCGCGUUGUGACUGACAACUCGGAGUGGCAGAGAGAGAGAGAGAGAGAGAAGGGGAGAGAAGAAGAAAUAGAAGAAGGGGGGAAAAAAAAGCCAUGAGAGUGGACAGUUUUGCUUAAAGGGGGUUUGUUUUAUUUUCACCCUGCUUUUCGGGGGGAAAAAGGAACCCCGGCGCCGCUGCCGAGAGGACAGCCGAGGACGUGUAUCCGCCGCGCCCGGGCUGAACUUGCACUGAGAGCGAAGCGGGAGCUGGUUUCACCGCUCAGUGGACGAAGAAGAAGAAGAAGCAAAGAAGAGUGAAAGACGAACUCGGGAUUUUGUGCUGAGAGUUCUCCUCGUUUGUUUUGGAUUUUCCUUCUGUCUUCUUCUCUCUUUUUUUUUUUUUUUUUUUUACCCCCGCGUCCACCCUGGCCUCAGAGGGGAUUUACCCGAACUGAAAGGACGACCAGGGAGUGAGGAGGGUUAUGGCGCAACGGUACGAAGACUUGCCCCACUACGGGAUGGACGGGGUGGGCAUCCCGACCACCAUGUACGGAGACCCGCACGGCGCCCGCUCCAUGCAGGCGGUGCACCUCAACCACGGACCCCAGCUGCACUCCCACCAGUACCCGCACACCGCGCACACCAACUCCAUGCCUCCCAGCAUGGGCUCCUCCGUCAACGACGCUCUCAAGAGAGAUAAAGACGCCAUUUACGGGCACCCCCUGUUCCCCUUGCUUGCACUGAUUUUUGAGAAAUGUGAAUUAGCGACUUGCACCCCCAGAGAGCCCGGGGUGGCGGGAGGAGACGUCUGUUCGUCGGAAUCUUUCAAUGAAGACAUAGCGGUGUUUGCAAAGCAGAUUCGGGCAGAAAAGCCUCUGUUUUCAUCAAAUCCAGAGUUGGAUAAUCUGAUGAUUCAAGCCAUUCAAGUUUUACGAUUUCAUCUUCUGGAGCUGGAGAAGGUACACGAGCUGUGUGAUAAUUUCUGUCACCGGUACAUCAGCUGCUUGAAAGGCAAGAUGCCCAUCGACUUGGUCAUAGACGACAGAGAGGGGGGGUCCAAAUCAGACAACGAGGAAAUCACAAGAUCGGUGGCGUUGGACCAGACAUCCUGGAACAGAGACCACGACGACACGGCGUCCACGCGUUCCGGAGGCACGCCGGGACCGUCCAGCGGCGGACACACGUCUCACAGCGGGGACAACAGCAGCGAACAGGGUGACGGCCUGGACAACAGCGUGGCCUCGCCGAGCACGGGCGACGACGACGACCCGGACAAAGAGAAGAAACACAACAAGAAGAGAGGGAUUUUUCCCAAGGUGGCCACCAACAUCAUGAGAGCGUGGCUCUUCCAACACCUAACGCAUCCCUACCCCUCAGAAGAACAGAAGAAACAGCUGGCGCAGGACACAGGACUCACCAUCCUACAAGUGAACAACUGGUUCAUUAAUGCGCGGAGGAGAAUAGUGCAGCCCAUGAUCGACCAGUCAAACCGUGCAGUAAGUCAAGGAGCUCCCUACAAUCCAGAUGGCCAGCCAAUGGGUGGCUUCGUCAUGGACGGCCAGCAGCACAUGGGAAUCAGACCACCUGGGCCGAUGGGUGGAAUGGGCAUGAACAUGGGCAUGGAAGGUCAGUGGCACUACAUGUAGCCCUACCCGAGUCUGACCAAUCACAACGCAAUGGGGGAUAGCUGGAGGGAAAUCGUGUGUCUCCCAGAGGCCCGUGGCGCUAAGGAACGGCACACCUCGACUUCCCGACGCCAGUAACCAACGAAAACAAGACUCCGGACUCAGCGACCGUUUCAUCUGGCCGACGCCCGUCACCUGGACGUCUGCCAUGGCUGCCUCUAAUCUCUUUCCACCAGAAUCGAACUGAGCUGCGUUGAUCAAAAUUCGGCCAAGUGCAGGAAGACCUGACUCCUGAAAGAAUACCGCUUCUUCUUCUUCUUCUUGUUCUCUGGUUGGCACAAGACUUCAGUCCCUUUGCUGCUGCCCAGUCGCCCCACGCGGAUUCCUCCAUCAAAGUGAUUGUGAUUGACUCUUUUCGGGCGAUUUGCCUGUACCUCCGGCGAAUGUGGUACCCAGUUGAUCUAUUUUCGACUCUUGAGGACAAAUGUUAAAAGACUUCUUUUUAUGAGGAGCGCUCUACUCUUUGGGACGGAGGAUGUGGACCAAAGAGAAGCCAAUGUCUGUAAAGGACAGGAGGAGGUGCCCUUUAAAAAAAAAUACAGUGGAUUAAGACCUGGAUGGAGAGAUGGCAAGAGUGAUGAAAUUAAAAAGUAUAAAACUAUAUCAAGCCCUAGUUUGGGAAGUGAGUUGAGAAAGAAAAUAUACUGUAUACUGUUGUAAAAUUACGCUGGACUCUCACAAGAACUGGGAAACUAAGUAUUGUAAAUGCUAUUGUAUUGUUCUGCAUAUUAUGUUGUUUCUAAUAGAUUUUUUAAAAAAGGAUGUGAACUUUUUUCUCUUUUUUUCUGGUUUCUUUACGGAUUCUCUUAUCUGUGGGUGUGCGUGUGUGAGCGUGUGUGUGUGUGUGUGUGUGUGUGUGUGUGUGUGUGUGUGUGUGUGUGUGGGCACGCACCGUCCCAACCUCCAGUUCCAUUGAACUACGUUGCAUUUUUUCUUUUCUUUUGGAAAACAAAGUAAAAUCCGAUGUCCGCACUUUCUCACAGCCUUUGUGGAAUAUCGGAAAGGUCGACGAUCCAGGUGUUGGUUUUGUUCGGUUUUUUUUUUUUUUACCACUCCUCACAGCUUCCUCGCGGACAUACAAGAUGCAGAUGUUUCCGUCAGUUUGGCUGCACUAUUUUUUUGCCUCCAAUCUAUGCCACUUCUUCUGGUUUCAACCAGACGGACGAAGUUUCACCCACCAUCCCGUUUUCUACUACUUUCAUUUUAUACAAAUAGGAUGAGGAGAUCCUCUUAGUGUUGUCAUGGUGAUGCACUCUUAAGACAUUUUUCACAGUUGAUGGGGAAGUUGCAAGUAUGACCCAGAUGACAUGUUUUUUUUUUUUUUUUUUUCUCCAUCUGUAUCCGAUUGAACGUCUUUUCUAGGGUCUUAUCGGUGCGUUUAACGUCGCACGGCGGCGCACUCGCGUUCGCACGGCCAAUGGAUUUUCUCCCUCUCAUAAUUUGAUGCAGAUGCUUUGGGAAAACAACAUUUAUGCCACGGUCCACUCUUGUUUUUUUCUUUUAUUUUUGACUAGGUUGGUAUAAUGCUGAUCAACAGACAGGAGAGAAUGUAAUAGUAACACUCUAAAAACUGCUGGGUUAAAAACAGCCCAGUCUAGGUUAUUUUGCUAACCCUUUUCUGGGUCCAACAUUAAUCCGUUCUAAUGCACGCGUCUAAUUGUUUUCAAUAAAAAUGUCUCAGUGGAGAAAAAAUAACUAUGUGCAUUCCAACAUUUUUGGCUAGCUGAUUUUUUUUCUACUGGGUGUUUUAUGCUGAAGGUAAAAAUUAUCGUACAUAAAAGUCAGAAGCAUCAAAACAUCACCUGCUAUAUAUGAGACUAUAACAUAUAUAGACUUAACAGUGAUUCUAAGUUCUUUAUCUUUAUAUAUAAACCAUUAUUGAGGUUUAAAAUUGACAAUUACCUGGAAUAAUAAAGACUUAAUAUUUAAGCUAACAUGUAUUAUUUUCAGUUCACUACUGCAGUAAAAUAUAAAUGUAAAAAAAAAUUAUCUUUAGAAGUUUUAUUGACAAAACUUGAAUUUGGAUGAGAAAAGUUAUACUUAGUAUACUUUACAACCAAUUGUUUAACUAGCUAGUCUUGCACUAGCUAGCAAUAGCUACCUAGCAUGUAAAAGGCCAAUGUUGUUUUAAGUAAAAAAAAAAGAAAAGGUUUUCUAGUGUGAACUAAAGUUCAUAACACAAUUAUUGUUCCUAUUCAGCAACAUUUUAACCGUUUAAUUUCUUUCUUCAUCUUGUUUGAAGAGGAUUGUUGAAGUCCGAUCAAUCUGAUGCAUUCAAAAUGGCGACUGUUGAAGAAUGAUGAGGCUCCUUUUAGUCUCUUAACUCAUCAAACUGGGUCCUGAGUUUUGACUAAAUCUGCAGCUACAACUACCUAACAUCUGUCCCAAUAGCAUAGGGCUAAAAUAAAAGCCCAGCAGUUUUUAUGUGUGCUGCAUGUGUGGAACAGUAUUGAUGUGACUGGGAACAUGUGUGUGUUGUAGAGAGAGUGUGUAUGUGUGAGUGUGUGUUAUCAAUGCUUCCACUAUCCAUUGCUUCAGACAUGUAUGAUGCACAUCUUUUAAAAUUCCUUUGAAGACAAAGUCAUGAGUCGUAUGCUUUUACUUUGAAGGGUAUAUGUGUACAUGUGUGUUGUAAAUAAAUACUUUUCUUCAAAUAACACAACUU